AUGGAUAUUAACGUACGUGUAUUAUAUGAGAAGAAGAAAAACCGGAUGGAAAUAAAAAAGAGAUACUUGUUAGUUGCACGCACGAGUGGAGCCAAGACCACCCUUCGAUGUGCGAAAUCCAAUAGCCCGUACCAAUUCAAGGAGAGAAAAUAUUCGGGAGUGAAUUAUUUUGCUCAUCGAUGUAUACUGCUGCUGAUUAUACUAUCAACCGCGUCGUUAGUUCAUACUUAUGUACCGGAAAAAUAUCCAAUUGAGGUUUACCACAUGCUGCAAGAGAGAACGCAGUAUGGAUUCGGUAAAGACAAUCGUGUGAGAGGAAGCUGGGGUACAUGGAGCUCUUGGAGCGAGUGCUCGAGGUCUUGUGGUACUGGUGUCCAGUCUCAAGCACGGCAAUGUGUUCUUCGAAAUAGCGUAAGAAAAAGAAGUAUUAUAAGUCAAGUGAAUAGUACUAGUCUAAAGCCGGUGUGCAUCGGUACUUAUAAGCGAUAUCACAUUUGCAAUACUCAGGAUUGUCCUGAAUUUUCAGAAGAUUUUCGUGCCGAACAGUGUGCGAAAUUCAAUGAUCGAGUUUACAAAGGAGAAAAGCAUGCUUGGGUGCCAUUUUUAAAUGCUCCGAAUCCUUGUGCAUUAAAUUGCCGAGCUGUAGGUCAACGGUUUUACGCGACCCUGGAGCCUGAGGUAAUCGAUGGUACACCGUGCGAUGGUCCGAACUUACGAGGAAAGAGUAUGGGACUUGCAGUAGACCGGACAACUGAACAAUGGGUUUGCGUCGCUGGACAAUGCAGGUCAGUGGGAUGCGAUGGAGUUGUUGGUUCCGGUGCUGUCAGGGAUACCUGCGGGGUCUGUGGAGGCCAAGGAAGAGGAUGCAAAUUGUUUGAAGGGAUUUUUAUGGAGCCUAUUCUUCCCAAGGGUCAUCAGCCACGGGGAGAUAGGAACCGGAUGGAAAGUAUAACAGCCACUGGACCACUUAAUGAAUCUCUUAAUUUAGAAAUAUGGUAUCACGAAAUGAAUCCAGGGGUACUCUAUAAAUAUAUGCUACCAGCGCCAGAGAAUUUUAACGAUAAUGCGAUUAUUGCGCCGCCGUUAUACGCCAACGAGAUACCCGAAUCUUAUCCACGAGUUGAAGUAUCCUUGAGACGACCGGAGGUCAAUUUAUCAAGAAAUCAAGUGAGAGAAGAAACACAAAAAGUAAAGAAAGAUGAAGUGAAAUUCUCACCAACGACUGUGAUGGCUGGUGAUGCGCCGAAUAUUAAUGUUAACGUUAGCCAAUCGGAGAUUAAGCCGAAGAAGAAGAAAAGAAAAUUUGCUUGGAAAGUGAUGGGUCUUUCGUCUUGCUCCAAGACCUGCGGCGGAGGGGUUCAGAGUACAAUUAUAAAAUGCCUGAGAGAAGAUAAAGACAACGUGGUACCGGAUCGCAGAUGUAGAAAGUUCGAAAAGCCUCCGGCACCGCCGCCGCUCCAGUGUAAUGAUCGACCGUGUCCCCCGCGAUGGAGAGCAGACGCGUGGUCCAAGUGCUCAACGAGUUGCGGCACGGGAGUGAAAACUCGACGACUUGAGUGCAUUCAGGACUUGAAUUCAAAGAUAACUAUGCGUGUAGCCGCAGGCGCGUGCUCACAGCCACCGGAUUUGAGCACCGUUGGUUCGUGCGAGGGACCCCCGUGUCCGAAUAAUCAGAUCCCGCAAGUUCGACAAAUGGAGACUUUAGACGUGUCAGCGGGUAUCCCGGGCAGGUGGGAAGUCGGUCCCUGGGGUCCAUGCUCUUCAAAGUGCGGCAAAGGUUCCAUGAACAGGACAGUUGUCUGUAUAACUAGCGGAGAGCCUUGUCCAGUGUCAGCUCGGCCAAUUGAUGAGAGAGCCUGCGAGGCAUCAUGUGAAACUCACCCACAGCACGAGUCCAUGUGGCUCUACACCGAGUGGACUUCGAAGUGUCCGGCAGAAUGUGAGCGUGAGAUGGAGACGAGGCGUAUUGCUUGCGGCGGUGCAAACGAAUUAUUUUGCGAUUCCACGAAGAGACCGGCGACAGAGAGGCGGUGCUCGUUCAAUGAAACUAGGAGUUGUGGUGCCCGUUGGUUCACUGGACCGUGGUCUUCGUGUUCCGUGGCCUGUGGAGAAGGUAUUGCCCGUCGAGAGGUGAUUUGCAUUGGCAACUCGUCCGGUGAAUCAAAGAUACUCACCGAAAGUAAUUGCAGCUCAACGAGGCCGCCAGCCGAGCAAAUUUGCCGCAUGCCUCAGUGCCCACCCGAGUGGUUUACGUCCGAUUGGAGCAUGUGUACGGUUUCCUGUGGUGGUGGCACGCAAGAGCGCGUCGUCAGGUGCUUGGACCAAGGCUUGAGUUCAUCUUGCGACACUAUAACAAAGCCCGAGGACCGAAGACCUUGCAACGUUGAACCUUGCAAGGACGUUUCCCUUGUGCAUAAAACUCCAAAAAAAGUACAUCUUGCUAACGAGUGUGUUGAUAAGUAUCCUAACUGCAUGUUGGUAGUUAAAGCUGGUCUCUGCCGCUAUAAGUACUACAAGCACUCUUGUUGUGGCUGUCGCAAUUAG